CUAAUCCAACCUUGUCGUUCAAAAAUUCCGAACCCUAACCCUACAAUUUCUGUCUCUCUCUCUCUGCCGAUGGAUCCAUUCUAUGAAGAGAAACUGAGAGAAGAUGUCAACUACCUCCACUCUCUAUGGCGCCAUUGCCCUGCCCGACCAAACCCUAACCACCACACAUCAACACACCUCCAAGCCUCCAGUUCCACAAAAUUCAAGAAGGAAAGAAAGACCAUCAGGGCUAAAAAUGGCCGGAAGAGUAAAAUCGGGCCACCAAGAAAUAACCCUUCUCCGGUCUCCGACAUAGAAUGGCCUUGCGAACCCCCCAUCGAAACCCCGCCGGCAACUACCUCCGGCUGGCCUGAAUUGAAGCUCCGGUCGAUUCGCACCACCCGGUUACCCUCUGCUGAAGAAGAAGCCCGGUUUGCUGCGAACAGAGUGCAGCAAAAGGCUUUGAAAGCUACGCAGGACUUUUUGAUGAGCAAUGCGGAUAGUGAUGACGAUAAUAGUGAUGGAGAUGAUGAAAUGGAGGAAGAUGAUGAGAUGGAUGAGGAUGGAUGCAAAGAGGACAAGUUUUUCUUGAAGGUGUUAAAGGAAGACAGCGAAUUGAGGGGUUACUAUGAGAAGAAUUAUGGGAAAGGUGAGUUCUGUUGUUUGGUUUGUGGUGGGGUUGGGAAGAAAGCUGGGAAGAGGUUUAAGGACUGUGUUGCGCUUGUUCAACACUCCAUGUCAAUAGCUAAGACGAAGAAGAGGAGGGCGCAUAGAGCUUAUGGGCUGGCCAUUUGUGAAAUUCUGGGUUGGGACAUUGAUCGGCUUCCCACCAUUGUUUUGUCGCUGGCUAAAUCUGUAGAGUCACAGGUGCAUGUUGAUGAUGCUAGAGAGACAAACAUUGUAGAUUCUGAAAAUAAUAAUACUGGCGGAGUGGUUCCAGAAAAUGUCUCUAUUCUGUGUGGAAGUUUACCAAAUGACAGUGAAUCAAUGAUUUGUGAGCACUCACUCAUAGCUGAUGCUAGCAAAUGUAUGGAAGAUCUUGACGAGGGGAUUCUUAAUACGGUGGAAGCAAAUUCAGAGGGAGAGGUUAAUUGCUUGUGCCGGAACAUCUCAACGAGGAUGGUGUUGAAAGUCUUGGAAAUGAAGUAAAAGGUAAUCAGAAGGAUAAUGUAGUUCCCAAUGGCCUGAAGGUAGACAGCGAGCAUCAGAAUAGACAAGGAAGUUAUGUUGGUGGUUGAGAAUUAGAUGAAUAUAAAUGAAGCAGAAGGGGGGGAUUACAGAGUGAGAUGAUUCUUGCCUUCUGAUGUGGUAUGCAUGGUUCAAUGCUGAGUUAUGUGUACAUCAAGUUGUGGGCGUCUUUGAAUGAAGAAGUUGUCUGAAUUUAGAUGAGACAUUUUCAGAACAGGAUUUUAGUUAGGGAGAAGAAGUUAUUAAGCAAGGACCAUCCCUUUCUUGACAAAUGGAUUACUUAUGAAUUUAUUUCUUUACUAUUAUGUUGAGCGAAACAAAUUUCUCGUAAAACCCGAAGAGAAUUCAAUCUGUAUAGUUUGUUUCAAUUCAAUACUCAUCGGUUUUUUUUUUAAAUU